CUGUCAGCAUGCGACGCAGACCUGCAUCCACCCAUCCAUAAUAAGUCACACAUGUGUCUAUCCGGCCGCAUCGGGUGUCUUGACGCGUAUCCACAGCUUGCCCUUGGCCACCUCGCCCUUCAGCAGCCUCUUGUACGCCUCGUUCGUCUCAGAUAUCACCUGAAACACACACACACCGACACAGGUGUCAACACACAACGCCCACCACGCACACGCGUCAUCAAUGGCCCGUGUGCGUGGCGCGUGUGUCAUUCCGACCUUCUCCGCUGCAGUUUUGUUGAUGGCCUGUCCGUCGUGGCCGAAGGAGUUGAGGGGCUUCCCAUCAGGCACCUUGUACCACCUGCAAUUGACGUGACGCAGAGAGAGGCAUGGUCAAGUACCGUGUACACACGCACAUACGAUUGAGGCCUAUGUGGCUCUUUCCCUUCCUCCAUCGUGUGUGCGUGCGUGUGUGUGUGAGUGGGGGCGUGUACCUGAACCACUCUCGUAUGCCGGCUAUGGUGUGUGGGUAGAACUUCUCGAGAUCCUCGAGGGAGUCGAUCGAGUCGAAGUGGGGGUCGCUCACCUGACAAACCACACCAUGCCCACACCCGCACGCCACACACACGUACACACACAUGUUGGUGGGGAUGCACUCAGUCAGUGCACCUUCCUUACCUUGAUGGCGAUGAUCUUCCAGUCGAGCUCGCCGUCGUCAAUCAUGCUCAACGCACCCAGCACCUGUUCAGACACAGACGAAUGGAUAAACAGAUAAGAGCGGUCUGCUCUAUGAUUCCUCCCGUCGUGUGUGUGUGUGUGUGUGUGCGCGCGUGUUGGCCUACCUUGACGGGCGUGACGGAUCCCAUCUCGAGGGGCUCCUGGCCCACUUCCACCACAUCCAAAGGGUCGUUGUCGCCGAACGACUCAUCCACCUGAACAUCACAUCCGUCAGUCACUCCAUGUGUGUCGGGGUCUAUGUGACUGUCAGUCAGAGAGCUGUAGACUGACUGACUGACCUCUUUGCCCCCCCUCUCGUUUGGGUCUUCCCAUGUCUGUGGGAAGCAACCGUAGUUCCAAAAGAUCGGGCCGUGGUAGUAUCGCAACUUCCUGUAUGCCCGGGCAACACACACGAUGGCCUCACUAUCUGCGUGUGUGUGUGUGUGUGGCCCACACACAACCCACUGACUGACCCCUUCUUGAUGUCCUGUUUGAUGGGGUUGAAUUCGUCCUUGGUGUCGACCUCCAUCUUGGCCUUAGACAGACGGGGAAUCUCCGUGAUGAAGUGAUACAACCCCUUGCCGUCUGCAUGACACAAUCCCCCACACACAGACAAACAAUGGUGCACCCUCUCUCUCUCUCACCCCUCUAUAUGUGUGUGGACCACCCUACCGACCUGCCUGUAGCGGCACAUCGUGCCACGGCGACACCUUCCUCCCCUCCUCAUCCUUGAACACCACCCGAAACUCCUCCGUGUCCGUCUGACCCACUACCAUCGACGACGGCAGCGCCGCCGCCACAGUGCUGAAAGGCCGAUGGUAGUAGCUAUGACCAUGACUAUGGUGGCCAAUGUUGGCGCCCACGGUGCUGGGACUGCUUGGGCUGAUGGGCGCCGCAAAGGCCGUCAGAGGGCGGGCAUGCGAUAAGAGAGAUCCGGCGUAUCUGCUGCCGCCAUGUGGGAAGACGGUGAAGCAGCAGAACAGGAGGGGCCUGGACAGGGUGCGCAUGGCUGCGAUGAGGCCGGCGGCUGCGGCGACCAGCGCGAUGGCGGUGAGGAGUGCGGCCUUGGCACGCAGGGUGGAUGUCAGUGGUAGAUCAUUGAGAUUUCG